CCUCGCAUGCACUGCUGACACCACAGCCUCCAUCUUCCAAUGUACCUCGUCGCAGGGUGCACCGCCCAUUGCGGUACUUCGUGAGCCGUUGUUUCCUGCAUGUAUGUGGUGUAUGUGGUGAGGGUGGUGUGUGUGGCAGCUGCACCUCCCAGGAUCCUGCCGUUCCCCAAGUUCUGGUUCUCGGGCCCUCCGGUCAUGUCCAUGGGCGUCCCACGUGCGGUGAUUCGCGGGUUUGCUUCCCUCGGUCGUCUGGCACAGGUACGUGUCAUUUGGAGAUUUGGCUCAUGGCCUCGUAAUGGCAGGCUCGACAUAAGCACACCCCGGGCGUCGCCGCCGCCGCCGUCGUCUUCGUCACUCCGAUUCGGUCAAGGCGCUCCACUGGAUCUAUCGUCUAGUAGCCUAUGUGAAAAUCUUCUAGGAAUGCUCUUAGUCGUGCUCUCAUGCGCAUCAGAUACGCCUCUAGUCGUCCCUCUCAAGCUGAGAGGGUGUCGAGUCCACGUCAGUCAACCCGACGGAAACGCCUACAGGUCAAUCGUACGAGACUCAAUCUGACGUCUCGUUGUGUCCUCCCUCUCAUAUUGCCCAUGUCAAACCAUCCCUUCACCGACAAAUCGUUCAGACUCGAUCACAGGUUCGCUGCAGACUGCAGCUCCUUCUCCAAUUGCUUCGUCUGCUCGCUGAGACUGUUGCCAAACGCCUCGCGCAUCUGCACCUGCUCUGUCGCCGUCAGAGGGGCCUGACUGCCCCUGCGCCGCCGCCAGCUUGGCUUCGUCUCCUGCAGCGACGCAUUGGGAUCUUGGCCCGACGGGUCCGCAAACUCGUAAGACCUCAGCUCCGUGUUGAACCACCCGGUGCCUGG